GAGGAGUGAGCGAGCGAGCGAGUGAGGGAAGAAGAGCUGACCAAGAAGGGGAGAAACUUUCACUUGGCCAGGAGACUCUAGUCCCUUGACGUUGGUCCGGAGGUGCAGUACGGUGAGUGCGAUAAGCUCUUCGCUCGCUAUGUGAAUCUUCGGUUCCCUCGCUCCGGGCUGUUGUUUCCCGCCCCUCAAGAACGUGAUUGUGAUUGUGAUCGUGAAUCGUGUGUGAAUGUGAUCGUCGUUCAACAUGCUAUCAGGUCUUUCAUCCCCGACGACGGCGACGAAGACCAGUUGCGUGAUCGUGUACGCCAGUCAUGAAGGGCUGGUUUGAUGCAUUUCGGACAAAUGGCGGUCCCACGUUAUACAGUUACAGUAACCGGACCCCCGUCACGGGGGAUCCCAUCACCAUCACUCUCUAUGUCGUCUUCUUCACCAUCUUCGCCGCCUUCCUCGUCAUCUUCCCCGGCGUCCGCAAGGAGCGAUUCACGACAUUCGUGAGCGUGACCCUGAGCCUGUUCGUGGGAACCGUGAUUCUUGUGUGCAAUUUCGGAUGCGGUUGGCACGUGGGAAAAGCAACGAUUUUGAGUUCCUACAAAGCCUUCUCGCCCAUGAAGCUGGAGUCGGAAUUGGGCGUUAAUAUUGGCCUCAACUCCGCCAACGUCACCCUUACUGCUAUGCCGAAGUACAACGAAAGCGAUCAGAUCGACUUCAACGAGCGGUUCCACUGGACGAAGGCAGACGACAUCAAGAGAGACUACCGGCGCGCCCUGCAGAAGGGUCUCCCCUACCCAAUCCUCACCGUGGCCGAGUAUUUCACUCUCGACUCCGAGGGAUUUUGUUGGGGACGGAGAUACCGCGAGGCCGGCUAUUACGGCUGCAUCCUCCUCUGGGCGUCGUUUGCUACGUGGCUGUUGAUGAACAUCUUAUUGUGCGUGGUGCCGCGAUACGGAGCAUAUGCCAUGAUCUGGACGGGGAGCCUCAUGCUCCUCACCAACUUCGUCUACUUCAAGCUCUUGCCACCUCGGCCGUUGAUCAUUCCCUUCGAAGGGGCCCUUCUCACCCUUCACCUUGGAUGGUGCUUCUGGCUCGUCCUCAUUGCAGGAAGCAUCUGUGCGGGGGUGGGAGCGACGAUCGCGAUAAUCGAUUGGAUCAUCCCACACAAGUUCUCCACGAUCCUGGAGGUGGAUUACGGGACUCCUUACGAUCGACACACCAUCAUCGAAGACCAGAAGGACACGCGACAGAAGUUCAAAUUUAACAUCCCCAAGCUGGAAGAACCCCUUCAGGAAGUCGGCUCCAGGAUCCUCAGGCGUUUGUCGACGCGAUUGUCGCGUCGAGGAACCGGGAACGCCGAGUUGGAAGCUGAAUUGUCACGCCGGGCCGAUUUGCAGAGAUACUCCAGUCGACUGGGCGUUGACAACGCCGCAUUUUACCCUACUCCCCCGCCUCUUCCCUUGGAGGCGACGCUGAGCAAUACGGGGAAGAGUUCCAAGGCAGUCUCGUUUCGGUCGGAGUCCAGGGAGCGACCUCCCAUUGAAGUCAGGACUUCUUCCACCUUUCAGCCGGAUGACUCGGACCACUCUGAAUCGGAUGUGAAGGAAAGAGUGGAAGUCGUCCGAGUGCCGAGUAUCCAUUUGCGAGUGCCAGAUCACUUGGAGAUGAUGCCGAGCAUCUCUCUACCAAAGCCUGCUCUGAAGAACACCACUUCCACUGCUUCUAGGGUCUCCCAUUCUCAGGUCGCGAUGGGAGGAGAUGAUUUAAGCCGUCCUUCGAGUAGGAAGGAUUCCGAGCAUUCCAAUUCAUCUUCUUCUUCGUCCACAUUGGGACUGGCGGCCAUUCUCACUGAUGAAGACUCUUAUCGAAUCCACCCGAUGCCUGAUGACGCCUCCAACAAUGUCCUAAGAGAAUGGUUCGCCACGGCCAGGGACAUGGUUCGGGGCUACCAAUGGACCCUGCCAGGCUAUUAUAUUGAGAGUUAUGGUGGAACCGACGCGACGAACUGUAGUUCCCCCGCCGCCUUGGUUGAGGAUGCAGUGGAGACAUGUUCUGCUGCAUGCUUUCUUCAUGACAACUGGAUGGCUCUUGCGGACGACUGA